GACUUGGAUACGGAUAACCAAACAUUAACGCAUCAGAGUGGAUCUUGAAAAAUCCGGUAUUUUGGACGGUUUAUUAGUGCAAUUAAUGGCUGAGCAGUGUGCCGAGGACAUACUAUUUCCAAUACAACGUUUCUGGAGUCUGCUCACCAUCAUGGCGGCCAAACACUCACAGAGGAUACUACGGAAGUGACUUCCGAGUCAGAUGCCCUUGGUAAACACUAACAAACAUGGCGUGGAGAGGAUGUAUCGUGAAAUGGGCUCCAACAAACUUGAUUAUAGCUAAAAAUGUAGCUCCUCGAGCUUCCAGAGUACAUCCUUACAACCAAGUGAAGCGUGGAUUCCGCCAUGAAGCUAAAAAGCCAGAAACAAAGAAAGGCAAUAUCAACCAAGAAACACACAACGCUUCACCACCAGAACCUCCACCCCGCCCUACUGUCCCCCUACAAAAGCUGUUCAAGCCCCUGAUGUUCACAGUGGGGUUUACAGGUUGCUCUUUUGGUGCUGCUGCCAUCCUGCAAUAUGAGACCAUCAAGUCAAGAGUUAGAAUUCUACGAGAUGAAGAGUCGGACAAAUUCCUACAGGGCUCCGCAGACAUGGUGCACUGGCAUGACUGGUGGAACCAGCUGACGGGCUUCCAGCGCCAGCUCAUCCUCCUCAUGUCCAUCGCGGAUGACCUCUGGAGCAGCCUCACUGAAGGCCAAAAAACUGUUACAGGUAUUAUUGCGGUCAACGCUGCAGUCCUGUGUUGCUGGCGGAUCCCUUCACUACAAAGAAGCAUGCUGAAGUAUUUCACAUCCAACCCAGCCUCCAAGAGGCAAUGCCUUCCCAUGGUCCUCUCCUGUUUUAGUCACUACUCCAUCAUCCACAUGAUGACCAACAUGUAUGUUCUGUGGACAUUUUCCUCAGGGAUAGUCUCCCUUUUAGGGAGGGAGCAGUUUGUCGCUGUCUACAUGUCUGCGGGUGUGAUUUCCACUAUGGUUAGCUAUGUAUGGAAAACCUUCUCUGGACGCAUCUAUCCUUCAUUAGGAGCGUCAGGUGCAGUCAUGGCAGUGCUGGCUGCGGUCUGCACGAACGUGCCAGAAGCCAAACUGGGCAUCAUUUUCCUCCCCAUGGUGUCCAUAACGGCUGGAAAUGCUUUCAAAGCCCUUGUUGCUAUGGAUACAGUUGGGCUGCUGUUAGGAUGGCGACUGGUCGACCAUGCAGCACACCUUGGAGGAGCUCUCUUCGGCGCCUGGUACGUCACAUACGGUCACAAACUGAUCUGGAGCAAGAGGGAGCCUCUGAUCCAGAUCUGGCAUGACAUUCGCUCUCCUGGAGGUGGUGGAUCCAGACCUCGAGGCGGCCCAAAGACUGAUGGGAGAGGAGGGCCACACAGACCUAACUGACACUUUCACUCAAGGACAUUUAGGGUAGCAGUCAAUUCUAUUUAACAAUAAAUGUUACACUUCAUCCAGGACAAGAUUUCAUUGGACAUGAAAACAUUUUGUGGACAGUUGUUUUGCAUUACUGUGAAGAUAUUUUUGGUCUCUCCUACCGCUUUACUCGCUAACAACUAUAGAUCUAAACAAAAAGCAUCAGUCAGCAUGACCAAGAGAUAUGCUGUCUGUUAAAUUUUGAUAAACGCAAGACAAUUUUCAGGUUGUUCCAUUCAAAAAGACAGUUAAGUGUCAUUUGAACUGAUUUUUUUUAUAAAUAUCAUAAUAUUGUCCAGUAUGAAGAACUGGUCACCAGUCCAAUAUGCAAAAGGCUGACAACUACAUCAGCGUUGCCAACUUGACACCAACCCCCUCUUAGCAACGUAUUUUUGUUGCAACUUUUGUUUGAGAGUUUCUUGUAUUUAGGGACUUAACAGUGAAAGCAUGUAUUGUUCUGAAGCUGUGGCUGUCAGCAGUUCCUGUGUGAAUGUUCUCUGCACCAUUGCAGCAGUGGUGUAACAAUUUGUUUUAAUAACGAUUCGAAUCGCAUCCCGAUUUGUGGUUGCUGAUACGAUUCAGGGACGAUAUUGGUUCAUUUAAAAUGAUACAAUCCUAAACGAUUCAAUAACUUUUUAGCCAAAUAAAGACCAGGAUACUAGGCAGUGCGGGUAAAGUUCAAUCAGGUAUAAAUGAUGAAUAAUGCUGACAUACUUAAGAAUAAAUUACCAAAGAGUACAAAAAAGUAGUUGAAAAUGCAAUACAAAAUCAAAAUGAAUAGAAAUAGCUUGCCAUGAAUCAUUAUUUACUUUACAUUGUGCAAUUCAAACCUGCAGUUUGCACCCACAGGUGACGGACAUUAUGCAAAUGAAUUUCUCACCUAAUCAGAGCAGCCAUAUGAAAGAACGGUGCAGCAACUCACAAGUAAUGUGGCCUCCUUGUGUCUUUUGCCGCUGAAAGGGUUGGGAUGGUUCUUCCGUCUUGACGCACUUAACAGACACUGAACGUGGUGUGGGCUUAUUGUAAUCUUGCGAGGUUAUGACAGUUGGCGGGCAGCAGUGUAAGGAAACGUGGUGAUGCAAAACAAGUAAAUGUGUGACAAAACUAAACAAGCAAGUGCGCGCCAUUUACCACUUCCGCGUACGUAUACUUGCACGCCCACCUGUGCUCACGUGACUUACGAAACACUUGCUCUCCACCAGACUUAUAACCCCUCUUGUACAAGUAGGAGCACGUAUGUGUUUUAACUUGAAUACGCCGCGCUGGCUGAUGACGUCAAUGCUACUGGACCGUCGAAAGGCUACAAAAUGUCAUUACUUUGCAUAUUCAUUAAUUAUCCUCACGAGAGUCGAGUGCGUGCUGUAGCCUAUCCCAGAUGUUUUCGGGCGAGAGGCGGGAGUCGCCAAUUAACCUAGCAUGUUUUUAGAAAACCCACGCCUAGCAUGCACAGGGAGAACAUGUCAUCUCCACACAGAGGGUGGAAUUGAACUCAGGUCUCCUUGCUAUGUGGCCUGUGUGCUAACCAGUAGGCCACUGUGCAGCCGUACUUUGCAUAUUGUCUCCAUAAAUGUCACUUAAAAGGUGUAGGAGUAGAAAUACUGAAUGAAGUGAAUUAACUGGCCAAUCAAAUCAACUACAAUACAAGACCCAAGACGGCCACAUAUUUCGAAUAAGGUGCCUUUAAAGGAACAUUUAACGUCUUUAUCAUUAAA